GACGCUAGAGAGGGGAGCUCGCCGGACAUCGCCAGAGUUGUCGCCGGAGGUUGGACACGAAUCUUCGCCGGAAAAUCUGUCGGAGCUUCGCCGAGGAUUCGCCGGUGUAAUUAGAGAUUUCUAGGCCGAUUCAAGGGAUCAAGAAUUGGAUGAGGAGCAGCCUGGAGAACACAUAUAUUCCCUGACCCCUGUGCGUCAAUUGUUAUCAUCACAAUCUCAUUUCCACCUUUGACUUUAGUUGAAUGUUUUACAGCAGACGAUGGCGGCCGAGGACAAGAGACUAGUGACCGUCGCCGCCUUGCAAUUCGCCUGCACGGACGACGUCGCCACCAACGUCUCCACCGCUGAAAGAUUAGUCAGAGCAGCUCAUGAGAAGGGCGCGAAUAUCAUUCUCAUACAGGAGUUGUUUGAGGGCCAUUACUUUUGUCAAGCUCAAAGGGAAGACUUCUUUCAGCGAGCAAAACCAUACAAGGGCCACCCUACAAUUCUCAGGAUGCGGGAGCUUGCAAAAGAUUUAGGAGUUGUAGUUCCGGUCAGCUUCUUUGAGGAGGCCAAUAAUGCCCAUUACAAUUCAGUAGUGGUUAUUGAUGCGGAUGGGACCGAUCUUGGAAUUUACAGAAAGUCCCAUAUUCCAGAUGGUCCUGGCUACCAGGAAAAAUUUUACUUUAAUCCGGGCGACACUGGCUUUAAGGUCUUUGAGACUAAAUUUGCUAAAAUUGGCGUCGCUAUUUGCUGGGAUCAGUGGUUUCCAGAGGGAGCUAGAGCCAUGGCUCUUCAAGGUGCAGAAAUACUGUUUUACCCAACUGCCAUUGGUUCAGAACCUCAAGAUGGCGGACUUGAUUCCCGAGAGCAUUGGAAACGAGUGAUGCAAGGUCAUGCUGGGGCAAACUUGGUACCUCUAGUUGCCUCAAACCGCAUAGGGAAGGAGACGAUUCAGACAGAACACGGGAAGAGUGAGAUAACAUUUUAUGGCAAUUCCUUUAUAGCAGGUCCAACUGGGGAAAUCGUGGCACUCGCAGACGAUAAAGAAGAAGCGGUGCUUGUAGCAGAGUUUGACCUGUUGAUGAUCAAAAGGAAAAGGCAAAGCUGGGGGGUAUUUCGUGAUCGGCGCCCGGAUUUAUAUAAGGUGCUUUUAACAUUUGAUGGCCGCAACCCAUCCCUCUGAAUCAUCACCUCAGUAUUGCCUGCAUUGUGAUGAUAUUCAGAUGGCCCUAAGAAAGCUUUUGCCAUCAGCUCAAGGUUUCAUUGUUUUUCUUUUCAUUAGUUUGAAUAAAUAAAUGGUGUGUACUUUUGUGUGAUUGCUAGUAUAAACUAUACAUCCCUUGCAGAUAAUGAGAGACACUUCCUCCGUCCCAUUUUAAAGUGUAUGUUUAGAUUCUUUACUAUGCAAAUUGUCAAACACUAAUCACUUUCUUUAUUUAUUUUUGUUACUCAUUUGAUAAAAUAAUACUCCCUCCGUCUCAAAUUAUAAUGCAUGUUCACUAUUCACAGGGUUUAACUUCACUUA